AUGGCGGACGGUCAGCUAUUCAAGCCAGAGAAAGACUUCACAAAAGAGGUUGACAAGCAAAUACCGGAAGCCGAAGAGCUUGCAAAGAGCAAUGUUGCGUCAGCAAUAGAAAAGCUGUCAGCGCUGGAGAAACAGACCAGACAGGCAUCGGACCUCGCAUCCACAUCGAGACUUCUUGUCGCCAUCAUAACCAUAUCGAAAGACUCGGGAGACUGGCCACUACUUAACGAACAGAUCUUAUUAUUGUCAAAGAAGCAUGGUCAGCUCAAGCAAGCAACCACGAAGAUGGUUCAGGUCGCCAUGUCGUUCAUCAGCGAGACUCCAGAUGAUGAAAAAAAGCUAUCACUCAUUGAGACCUUGCGAACGGUCACAGAGGGCAAGAUAUUCGUCGAGGUCGAAAGAGCACGUGUCACUCGAAUUCUCUCGGACAUGAAGAAGGCCCAGGGUGAUCUCAAUGCAGCUGCGGAUAUUCUAUGCGAACUUCAAGUGGAGACCUUUGGGUCGAUGGAGCGGCGCGAAAAGACAGAGUUCAUCUUGGAGCAAGUAGCACUUUGCAUAGAAAAAGGCGACUGGGUACAAGCUGGUAUACUAAGUCGAAAGAUAAGCACACGGUACUUUGCCCGGAAGCCAAAAAAAUCACCGGAAGAGCUCGAGAAAGAGCAGAAAGAGCGAGAGGAGAAAGAGAAGAAACGAAGUGCAGAUGACCCUCCUCUAGAGAAAGAGCAGGACGUGACUGAUCUCAAGCUCCGAUACUACGAUCAGCAAAUCGUGCUGGCCAAGCACGAGGAUAAGUAUCUCGACGUAUGCAAACACUACCGACAAGUUCUUGAUACCGAAUCUGUCGAAGAAAACCAGGACCAACUACAUGCUGCCCUCCAAAGAAUAAUCUACUACAUCCUCCUCUCCCCCUACGACAACGAACAAUCCGAUCUCCUCCACCGCAUCAACACCGACACCCGCAACCCCCAAGUUCCCGUCGAAGCCCGCCUCCUCAAGCUCUUCACAAUCCCCGAACUCAUGCGCUGGCCCAAUGUCGCCGAGCAAUUCGGCCCGCACCUCUGCUCCACAGACGUCUUCUCCGCAACUCCCAGUUCCCACGACCCCAAAGCGCACACACGAUGGGAAGACCUGCGAAAACGCGUCAUCGAGCACAACGUGCGCGUGAUCGCGAAAUACUACACGCGCAUAAAGAUGGACAGGCUUUGUCAGUUACUGGAUCUUGGGGAAGAGGAGACGGAGAAGUAUAUUAGCGAGUUGGUGACGGCGAAGACGGUGUAUGCGAAGAUCGAUCGUCCGGCAAGGGUGGUCAGUUUUCAGAAGACGAGGGAUGCAGAUGAGGUGUUGAAUGAGUGGAGUGGGAGUAUGAAGAGCUUGCUUGGGUUGUUGGAGAGGAUUGAUCAUUUGAUUACGAAGGAGGAGAUGAUGGCGAGGAUACAGCCGAAGGGGAGUGUCGUUGAAGCGCAUUGA